AUGUCGCUGCUCUUCAGUACCCCGCCCUCUGCGGCGACAGCCUCCCUGACACCCUUCAAGGCCGUCAUCCCCAAAGCCCAACUGGUCGAGCUGGAGACGUUGAUUAAGGUUGCCAAAUUGGCACCGUCCACCUACGAAAAUUCCCAAAGAGACCGUCGCUAUGGUGUCACUACAGACUGGCUAGUGACCAUGCGGGACCAGUGGCUGAGGUCUUAUCACUGCUUCCUCGAGUUCUUGCCUAUGCUGCAAAAGUUCCGAGAGGAGUACACACCGGAAACCUUGCCUUACCAUUUGAUUGUACCUUCAUUGCCAGGUUUUACGUUCUCUUCUGGGCCUCCCUUGGAUAGAAAUUUUGGAACAGGCGACGUUGCCCGUGUGUUAGAUCAACUAAUGAUAGAGCUCGGCUUUAGGAGCGGGUACGUUGUCCAGGGAGGUGAUAUUGGCAGUCGAAUUGCAAUACACUUGGGCGUGGAUCAUGAGAGCUGCAAAGCUGUGCACGUCAAUGUGGUUUUCAUGAGAAAGCCGGACGGCAUGACAGACGACCACCUGAAUACCUCUGAGAUAAAAGGCAUCGAGAGGAUGACGAACUUUAUGGCUCUGGGCUCAGGCUAUGCGGCUGAGCAUGGCACUCGACCCAGCACCAUCGGGCAUGUUUUGUCAUCGAACCCCAUGGCUCUACUAGCAUGGAUUGGAGAGAAAUACCUGGAAUGGGUCGAUGAUCCGCUUGCCCCAGAAGACAUUUUGGAAUCUGUCACCCUUUACUGGCUUACGGAAACGUUCCCUCGAGCAAUCUAUGCUUACAGGCAGAACUAUCCUGCGCCACCGAUUCCGGUUCCUAACGACCCCCGUUGGUAUAUCCACAAGCCAUUUGGAUAUUCUUCUUUCCCUAAGGAGCUUGCUCCGCUGCCGCGCUCGUGGAUUGAAACCACUGGAGACUUGGUAUUCUGGGAGCAGCACCCGAAGGGUGGUCAUUUUGCGGCACUCGAGCAACCUGAUGAGUUGAAAGCAGACUUGGUCAAGUUCAUAGACCAGGUGUGGCCAGGUGUUACUGGUGCCGAAUAA